AGCGGCGCGGAGCCCAGCGGCUGCCGGGUAUGCUGCCUGCACGAUCGACGAGCCCCCCGCCUCUACAUCAGGGGGCAGGAGGGCAACGGCCUGGGCACCAACGUCCACUCCCUGGUCUACGGCAUGGCCAUCGCUGCGAAGUACGGGAUGAACUUCGGCGGCGUGGUGGCGGUCUCGGCGUCGCCCUCGUCUCACGGGGUGGACGUCCACAGGGCGAUGGCGGACCUGUUCGGCUUCACGAGCUACGGCGACAUCUUCUUGAAGGUGGCGCCGAGAAUGGACGCGCACUUCGCCGACAUCCAGUUCCUCCAGAGCUCGAUGUUCGCCUUCGACCCGGAGCGUGCGCGCCCAGGGCUGCGCGUGAUGCUGGAGGUCUCCAACCUGAUUCUCGGCAUGGACGACGAGUCCGUGCGUGGCUGGAAGCAGGAGGACUACUUGACCCCGCGGUUCAUGCAGACCCUCCGGUCCCAGGCGACGCCCCAGCUGGGAGCCCGGCUGCGCAGGUUCUACCCGGACGGCCUGCAGGCACCGCUGGCCGUCCUGCACGUGCGGCGCGGCGACGUCUCCGAGACGCACGAGAAGUCGCGGAUGACGCCCAACGCGUGGUACCUGCGCAUGAUCGCGAGGAUCCGGAGGCACUGGCCCGAGGCCGAGGUGCAUGUCUUCAGCUCCACGGAGGGGAGGCACUCGCCAUCCGAGUUCGACGAGUUCAGGGCCGCCAACGCGACGGUCCAUCUGGACGGCGACACAUUGGACGACUGGGCCCACUUCGCCCUCGCGCAGGUCUUCGUUAUGGCCGCCAGCAGCUUCAGCUACGCCCCCGCGCUCCUCAACACCAACUGCGUGGUGUUCCAGCUCUUCCCCCCUGGCCGCUUCGGAGACUGGAUGUACAGCCCAGACGAGUCUCGCCGCACCUACGAGCAGGAGUUCGGAGAGUGCAUCCAGCGUGCCCGACGCAGCUUCCGACGGGGCGAGGUGCCGAAUUCGGCGGCGGAGCCUUGAGGCGCAGGCGCGGGCGCUGCCCCUCGCUUUGCGUCCGGCGCAGGGCCAGCACCGCGGCGUCCUGGGGACAGCGCCCGCGGGAAAGCCCUGGGCCUGAGAGUCGUUUGGGGCCGCCCUCGGCUGCUCCUGGGCCGUCGAGGGCCGCUCUGGAGUUGUCUUGGGGAGGGCGCCUGUCUGGCGCAGCCCGAAGGCCGUCUGGAGGCACUCCCCUCUUG